UGAUUCAUCAAGGCGGUCAAGGCCAGUAGUUAACGUUUCUGGCACUCAGGUUCUUUUUCGUUCGUGGACUCGUCAUCGGGAUCGUGAAUAUCGUGAAGCUGACGGGGUGAAGAUGUUUGGAGGGGAGUAAGACCAGGGUUGGGCAGAAAAGAGGUGGGAGCGAACAAAUCGCCGCACAUAACAGAGAGUAGUGAGUGAAGGUGGGAAAGAAAGGAAACCACGUACUGUCAUUGUCGGUCAUUGUGGUGGUCGGUGUUGACGGUGUUGACUGUGUCGUUGCAGACUGUCAGUGUGAUAUCGUAGUGUAGUAUAAAGACAACAGGAUGGUGAUAAAGAAAAUCUGUUGCAUUGGGGCAGGUUAUGUAGGUGGGCCAACAUGCAGUGUCAUAGCUUUGAAAUGUCCUGACAUAACUGUCACUGUGGUUGACAAGAGUAAAGACCGUAUUGCACAGUGGAACUCUGAUAAGCUACCAAUAUAUGAGCCUGGUCUGGAUGAAGUAGUUAGGGAGUGUCGUGGCCGCAAUCUGUUGUUCUCCACUGACAUCGAGACAGCAAUAAAAGAAGCAGACCUAAUCUUCAUAUCUGUCAACACACCCACCAAAACAUUUGGAAAUGGAAAGGGUCGAGCAGCAGACUUGAAGUAUGUUGAAGGUGCUGCGCGAAUGAUAGCAGAAGUUGCAGCUAGUAACAAGAUUGUUGUAGAGAAGAGUACAGUGCCAGUACGUGCUUCAGAAAGUAUUCUCAACAUCCUACGUGCCAACAAUAAGCCUGGUGUUAGUUAUCAGAUUCUCUCAAACCCUGAGUUCCUAGCAGAAGGCACAGCAAUAGAUGACCUUCUAAAUCCAGACAGAGUAUUGAUUGGUGGAGAAGACACCCCAGAAGGCCAUGCAGCUGUAGAAAAACUGUGUUGGGUAUAUGAGCACUGGAUCUCCCGCAGCAGUAUAAUCACUACUAACACAUGGUCUUCAGAACUGUCAAAACUGGCAGCAAAUGCAUUCUUGGCUCAGAGGAUAUCAAGUAUUAAUUCACUGUCAGCUGUAUGUGAAGCAACUGGUGCAGACAUCUCUGAGGUGGCUCGAGCAGUUGGUUUGGACUCUAGGAUAGGAUCAAAAUUCCUGCAGGCAUCUGUUGGUUUUGGAGGCAGUUGUUUCCAGAAAGACAUUCUGAACUUGGUGUAUAUCUGUGAAUGUUUGAAUUUGCCAGAAGUGGCAGCAUACUGGCAGCAAGUGAUAGACAUGAACGAAUAUCAGAAGUCACGCUUCUCAGCUAAAGUGAUUGAAUCACUGUUCAACACAGUUUCUGAUAAGCAGAUAACAAUACUUGGAUUUGCCUUUAAGAAGGAUACUGGUGACACCCGAGAGUCACCAGCCAUUCAUGUGGCCACAACGCUACUUGAUGAAGGAGCUAAACUUCAUAUUUACGAUCCCAAG